AUGAAAGGAUUGCCGGACCUACUUGAGCCGAACAACAUAGCAGACUUGGAAAAAGCGAUGGAAAAAAUUUCUCAAAUGGUUCAUGAACCUGACGCGGAUAAAAGCAGCAUACAUGAACUGCCAGCCAUGUUUCUCAACCAUUUGAACAUAGUGGAGGAGUGCUGCACCGAUUUACCGCUGUUUCUUAGAGAUUUAUCAAAUCAAGGCAUUUGCUUGACAAACAAAACUGAAAAAUCACCUGUGGAAGACUUCAUAGUACUGCAAGAAGUCGCGGUAGGAGACAUUGAUGUAAAUUACCUGAAAGAGCUAAGCCAUGUUAAAUUGAAUGAAUGUUUACCACUGAAGGACGUUACCAGACUUGGCAAAAAGAUAAUAUCAGUAUUGAAAUCGGCUGAGCGUUCUCUGGAAUUAGGAACAGCAUUUUAUGCUCUAGUGGAGAACUUCUUCUACAUGUUAACGGACAAGGAAAAGGUGACACUAAUUGAAAUGGUCCAUGAAUGGUAUAUCUGUGAUUCAGGAAGUCUUCCUUCCUUGGAAAAAUAUCUGCAGAAUUAUUCGUCUGGGAUUGUUCAAUGCAUCAACCAUAUAGGAGAUCACAAUGAUAUCCAAAAUGACGUGGCAAAGUUCAAAAAUAUCCGAAACAAGUUGUUGUGGUAUUUACUCAUGGUUCCACGCGAAACUCUCAACAGACUAUUGAUUCAAAGUCUAGAAAAUAAGUUAAUUGUACCUGGAGUCAUAAAUAUACUGCGUCCCUGUCGUGCUUUAUUGUCGCUCUCAGUCUCGAACAAUGUUUCCGAAGGGAUUCCAGUUGUCAUCGAUUCGAUUGCCUCCAUCUUUCACAAUGAAGCGCACAGAUGGACGAUCACUGAACAACAAGAUCGCUUUGUUUAUCUUCUUACAUCUCUCUGCCGGCAACGACGUGCAACGAAAGAAAAGAAUGAUGAGGAUACUAAUGGUGGUUCAGUUUUGGAUGGAGGGAAAUUGCUCAUGCUCUUUGUUCUGCCUAAUCUCAUGAAGAGGUCACAAGAAAUCCUUAUGUUAAAGUUGCUUCAUAGAUUUACACAGGCUGUAGGCUCUAAGGAAAUUCAUUUCAUCUGGACUAGAAGUAUAGGUGAAAAGACGUCGAAUGCUGUACAAUCACCUGAGCUUGUCUUGCUGAUCGUGGAACUCUUCAUGGAAUUUGAAUCGAAACAUCAUCAAGCUUCGGAAAUUUGUCGUAACAUACUAAAAUCUCUUGGGGAGAAACUAAAGGGCGAUGAUGUUGUCUUUGAGAAGGAUACAACUGAUUUUGUUCUCUUUUCACUUCGGCGCUAUCAUUGGUGGAUCAGAUAUGCAAUAUGCACUUGGUUUUCACAUACUUUAUCAGAACCUAAGCAGCAGGUUCGUCACUUUUACGAGUUAUUAAUUGCUAUUAAUAUUCUUUGUCUGACCCAGUUUUCAAACUAA